AUGAGCGGAAAUAGGUGUGCUCAGUGUGAUAAGAAUUUCACGACUAAAAAAAGCCUGUAUAGGCAUCAACGAUCUAUCCACGGCAAUGCAUCUUAUCAAUGUGCUCAGUGCAAUAAAAACUUUAACAGAAAAGACGCAUUAUCCAGGCAUGUGAAAUUUCAUUGCCACACAAGUAAAAGGAAUGAACCCUCAGAUGCCGGACCUUCAGGCCACCCUGCAAAAAGAAUGAAAACUUUGUCAUCAGAAGCGAGUACCAGUAGAGCAUUGCGAGUGCAACAGCCAAGCAUAACCGCACUGUCAAAUCGUAUAAAGACCUUUAACAUCGAAAAUGUGGACUAA